GGCUCGUUCGAAAUCAAUCAGUGAAAACAUUUCUUGGAAAAUAUAGGAAACUCGGGCGAAAAAGCAGCUUUCAAAUUAGAUUUUCGUUCAAAAAAACAGAUUACAACAAAUAAAUUUCAAGUUUUUUAAUAAUUAAUUAGUAUUUUUGUACUAUUGUUAAUUAAUAAAACGAAUAACAGAAUACCAACUAUCAUAAUAGAAGCCGUUAUAUGUUUUUUUUGUGAAAAAAGCUUGCAAUUCCAAAACUACGCACACAACCACGCACUAUUUUUUUUUUUUUUUAAUAAAAGCAAGAACAACUACGAUUAAAACGAUUUUUGUAAAGAAAUACGAUAUAGUAUACGUACAAAUAAAAAAACAACAACUAACUAAGACAAAAAAUAAAACAAACGAGCUAAAAACACAAAAACAAGAAGAAGAAGAUCAAAAACUGAGUUUCAAAACUGCCGGCAAAGGAGCAAAGGAGCAACCAGAUUCGAGCAUUGUGCAAAUAUAACUACAUUCCUCGGCCCCAAGCAUUUUAAAAACCCUAAUAUCGUUAUUAGAAUUUCUAAAAUAGCAAGAGGAGACUUCCCGUCAACAAACAAAAAUGGCAUACUCAACCCAAAAAGAAUUCUUCCAUGUACCUUUCAUGAACGAGACGGUCGACUAUGAGUGCCUCAAGGCUUGCGUCAAGCUAAAGACCUAUCAGUCGACCAUCGAUGAUCGCUCAUGGGCCAUGGACGAGUCGCUGCAAUCGAGAUUCCUUUCAGAUUUGAUCACCUGUCAAACGCCGGUCGGUGGAUUUGGUGAUGGCAAUGACGAGGAUGAGGACGAUAGUAAUGAUACAGAAUCCGUUGGUACAAGUCGAGCUCGACGCCGCGGUACUGGUGCAGGUCGUCUUGGUGGUGGGCCAGGUAGGCGUAUGAAGCGCGGAGCUGAUUUUACUGAAAAGGGUUAUACCAGUGGAAUGGCUAUGAGUGAUGAUCAGGGUGCGGGUUUGAGCGGUGGUCCCGGGGGCGGUUCUGGUGGCGGUCCAGGAGGUGGUCGAGGUGGUGCUGGUCCAGGCGGUGCUGAUGGUAGAGGCGGUAAAGCCGGUCUCGUUACAGCUGACAGUGUUCUUGCAUGUGCCACUGAACAAAUGGGUCGUAUGGAAGAUCUGUUAUUACACAAGAAGAAUCUUGAAAAGCAAUUGGAAGUGUCGAAUGAACGCUUAAGAGUAGCAAGCUUGGAAAACGACAAGAUUAAAGCCAUAAUGAGUAGUAAAUUUGAUAGCAAUCAUUCGAAAGACUUCCACAAUAAAAUACAAAAGCUGACCUCUAGUGGCAAAAUCAAUAAGGGUGAGGAAAAUGAGCUCAUACAAAUCUAUAAUAAAUUCGAGGAUAUGAGUAAGGCCUAUGAAAUAUUACAAGCUGAGAAUGUCUAUCUGAAACGUUUGAUGGAGAAAUUAUCGUAUCGCGCCAACUUCGAAACACUUAAAAUGGAGCCGGAAAAGAGCAACGAUGUUGGAUUCCUACAGAACGAAGUGAACAAAUUGCGCAAAGAAGUCUCCAUUUUGCGUAAAUUUGAAGAUGAGAAAUUGAAGAGUACAAGGGAUACCAAUCGGAAUAAAAUGACUGAUCAGGACGCUGAUAAUCUUAAGGCGAUUAUUAAGGAGCGUAAUGCAUUGCGGGAGAAAUGCAAGACUUUCAAAGAUCUCGAAACGAAGGUACACGAGUUGCAGAAGAUAGCCAAGGAGGCAGAUAAAAUGUCUGAUAAUUUGUCGGACGAUUUGGAUAAGCAAUCUAAGUAUAUUCAUAAUAUGGAGAAUGAGAUGAAAGACAUGCAAGAAUAUUAUGAAGACCAAAUGGGAAAGUUGAAAUUCAACGAAGAACUGCUAAAGUGUCAAUUGGAGGAGAUGAAGGAGGAUUUAAUUCGGGCCAGAUGUUGUGCACAAAAAGCCGAAUGUCUGCAGAUGGAAAUUGCUACCUUGCGGAAUGAACUCAUGCGACGUGAUCUUGCGCUAAGCGAUUAUGACUGUCAGUACAAGCAAUUGAUGAAUGUGAUCGACGAGCUGCAGGGAAAUGCCAUACAAAAUCUACAUGACACGCAAACUCAGACCUGUACGGAUUAUAUGGACGAUUUGACUUUCUUUGCUCGUGCCACUUUGGAUGAAAUCAAAAAGGAGAUAAAGAAACGUGGCGGGGAUGGUGAUAAAAUCGGUGGUGGAUUCUUCGCUGGUUCUGCUAUUACGGAUGGCCUUAGUCCCGAGGAAUGUUGCACAGAACUACGACGUUUACACGAAGUGGUAAAGCAAAUGUCAAAACAAAAUGAAUAUUUGCAAAAUAAUUUGAAAAAAGCUGCUGAAGAAAUGUGUGCGGAUGCGUUGAAAAGAUUGACAGAAAUGGAAGAAAAAUACAACAACUUGAAGCACGAUAAGGAUGCUCUUAAUAUGCGUACUGUGGAUAAACUGAAUGAGUUUUCAGACCGUGUGGAUAAAAUGGGCACCGAUGUUGGCAAAGCCGCUUUGGAAACGGCUGACAUGGAAAAAGACCUGAAGGAAUCAAUGAAAUUGGUGAGAGAUAUAAGCGACAUGCAGUUAAAGAAUGCGCAAUUGACAAAUGCGGUUAAUGCUCUAACUACACGGGAUGAUCAGAAAUUAAUUGACGAUCUAAGGAGGCAAUUACUGGAAGAACAAGCCCGAAAUAAGAAAUGCCAAGAAGAAAAUAAUGUUCUAAGGGAACUUUUAGAAAAACGUGGCAUUGAUCCAUACUUAGCGGCGAAAGACAUCGUAAAAGAGACCGGUGAUGGACUGAGGAUGGGGAGUCCUGGCGUCGACUUAGCUAUUCGAAGUGGCCUUACUGGUGUGGAUCAAGUUGGAAUACCAGAUGCAGUUAGGGUAGAAAGAACUGUCGGUCCAGCUGGUGGCCAUGAUGCCAGUAGGACAGGUGGCCCUGGUGCAAGUCAAGCUGGUGGCCCUGAUACUGCCGGAGCAGUUGGCCCUGAUACUUCUAGAGCAGGUGGUACUGAUGCUGUCAAAGCUGGGGGUCCUAGCACUGUCAGAGAAGGUGGCCCUGGUGCAGGUCAAGUUAGAGGACCUGAUGCUGCAAGAGCGGGUGGACCUGGUGCACCUGAAGCUGUAGGUCCUGGUACAGGUCAAGCUGAUGGUCCUAACGCUGCUAGAGUAGGCGGCCCUGCUGGUGGACCGGAUGGUACAAGAGUUGGUCCAGAUCCUGCUGGUGACACUGAUGUCGUUAGAGCAGGUAGCCCUGGUGCCGGCCAAGCUGAAGGCCCUGGUGCGACAAGAGCAGGUGAACCAGGUGCACGCGAAGCUGGAGGUCCUGAUGCUAGUAGAAGAGGGGCUCCUGACGCCGCUAAAGCAGGCGGUCCUGCUGGAGGCCCUGCUGCUGGACAGGUUGGAGGCCCUGCUGCUGGCCAGGCUGGAGGCCCUGAUGCUGUAAGAGCAGGAGGUCUCGCUGGAGGACCUGGUGCUGACCAGGCUGGUGGUGCUGAUGCUGCUAGAGUAGCUGGUCCCGUUGGUGGACCUGAUGUUGCAAGAUCUGGUAGUCCUGGUACAGGUCAAACCGAUGCUGCUCGAACGGGUGAUGCAGAUGCUACCAGAGCUGGUGGUCCUGCUGCUGGCCCAACUGGUAGAGCCGAUGCUGUUAGGGAAGGUGGUCCUGGCGCAGGACAAGUUAGCGAUGCUGAUGCAACUAGAGCAGGUGCUCCCGGGGCAGGACAAGUUGGAGGCCGUGGUGCAGGUCAAGUUGGAAGUCCUGGUGCAGGGCUAGUUGGAGGUCCCGGUGCAGAUCAAGGUGGAGGUCCCGGUGCAGGCCAAGGUGGAGGUCCCGGCGCAGGACAAGUUGGAGGUUCUGGUGCAGGUCAAGUUGGAGGUGCCGGUGCACAAAAAGUUGGAGGUCCUGGUGCAGGUCCAGUUGGAGGUCCUGGUGCAGGUCCAGUUGGAGGUCCUGGUGCAGGUCCAGCUGGAGGUCCUGGCGCAAGUCAAGCUGUAGGUCCUGGUGCAGGGCAAGUUGGAGGCCCUGGUGCUGGUCAAUUUGGUGGACCUGAUACUACCAGAGCAGGUGGCCUUGGUGUUGGUGAGCCGGGUAGACCAGAUGAUGGAAGAGGUGGUGGACCGAAUGCUAGUGAACUUGGAGGAUCAGGUGCAGGUAGAAGUGGUGGUCCUGAAGCUGAAGGUGGUCCCGAUAGAGCCCAACGAGUUGGUCCCGGGGGAAUAAGAUCUGAAAGUAGCCCGGGAAGACCGCGACGAGGAGGUACACCAGGAGAAAGAGGUAGUGUGGGUGACGACUAUUCUGAUCGCCCAGAUGGUGGAGAUGGCCUUGGCGUUGGGGGCGGAACAGGUAGGGGUAGAGCCGCUGUUAGAACUGAAAAAGGUGAUGGAGUAGGCGGAGCUGGUGCUGGAGGCAGAGGACCCAGUCGUAGAGGUGAUCUGAGUGCUGUUGGUGGGGGUGGUGGAAGGAGCCGCCGAGGAAAGGGCGCUGAAGGGCCGGGUGAUGAUGCUUUCGAACGAUUCAUCGACUCUAAUGCAAAUGCAAUGAUGACAAAUAUAAGAGCUGGAAGUGCGCUCGAAAAAGAGUUGAGAGCAAUAUUGAACGCAUUUAUGAUGGAAUGUGGUUUUUGUUUCUGCAAAAGCCUCGUGCCUAAAAGUAAAUUCUAUGCACUUUGCCACAAACUACUGCAUAACGGCAUACAAUGCAUGGCCUUUCGUGAUUUAGCUUAUAUGCAUAGAAAAAUAUUCAUGGCCGCAGACAAACUUCAUCCAGGCUGCUUAUUGGACAUGAUACUUACCGAGUUGGGUUUCAAAGAUGGCGACGCUUUCAAGUGUUGCCAAUGCAAGAAUGCGCUCUGUUGCAGUAACUCCGAAGAAAUGCUUAAAGAAAAGGUGAGCAAAUUGGAGCGAGAUAUUGAAAUGGCGAAGGAGUAUCUAGACAGCUUGAAGGCACAACCAAAAUCACACAGAAAUCCCUAUACUGCAAGUGGGAGGAAGACAUACCGUCAAGUAGAAGACAGUUAUUCAGACGUUGUAGAGGAGCUGUUAACGUGUCGAGAAACUAGGCCGCCCUCUAUAUCCAAAACACACAGUAAACAAAUGAAAACUCUAAAGGCCCGCAUCAUGAAAUGCUCCGAAUUGUUGCGGUGAUUCAUUGGUUAUGUUUAUGUUGCAUUUCCUAUACGUUUAUGGCUA